UAACUUGACACUUGCCAGACCUGGCCAGCAUGGUUGUCCUGAAUCCAAUGACUUUGGGGAUUUAUCUUCAGCUUUUCUUCCGCUCCAUCGUGUCUCAGCCGACUUUCAUCAACAGCGUCCUCCCAAUCUCAGCAGCCCUUCCCGGCCUGGACCAGAAGAAGCGGGGCAACAACAAAGCAUGCUGCCUGCUGAUGCCACCCCCACCCCCACUGUUCCCGCCGCCACCAUUCUUCAGAGAGGGCCGAGUUCCCCUUCUUUCCCCAGACAUGAAGAAUCUCCUGCUGGAAUUGGAGACCACGCCAUCCCCAUGCAUGCAAGGCUCACUCGGCUCCCCAGGGCCUCCUGGCCCCCAGGGUCCACCAGGGGUCCCUGGCAAGACAGGACCAAAGGGAGAAAAGGGGGAGCUUGGCCGACCAGGAAGGAAGGGUAGACCUGGCCCCCCAGGUGUUCCUGGCAUGCCUGGUCGCAUCGGCUGGCCAGGCCCUGAAGGACCCAGGGGUGAAAAAGGUGACCUGGGUCUGAUGGGCUUGCCAGGGUCAAGAGGACCAAUGGGCUCAAAGGGCUACCCUGGAUCCAGAGGGGAAAAGGGAUCCAGAGGUGAAAGGGGUGACUUGGGUCCCAAAGGAGAAAAGGGUUUCCCGGGGUUUCCUGGAAUGUUGGGGCAGAAAGGUGAAAUGGGCCCAAAGGGCGAGCCUGGGAUAGCAGGACACCGCGGACCCACGGGAAGACCAGGAAAACGAGGCAAGCAGGGACAGAAGGGAGAUAAUGGACUUAUGGGCCCACCUGGCAAGCCUGGGCCUUCUGGUCAACCUGGCCAUCCAGGCCCCCCGGGGCCCCCAGGUCCCCCAUCUGCAGGACAAUUUAUAAUGGGACCCAAAGGGGAAAGAGGAUUUCCAGGGCCUCCAGGAAGAUGUCUGUGUGGACCCCCCAUGAAUGUGAAUAACCCUUCCUACGGGGAAUCCAUGUAUGGGCCCAGUUCCCUGCGAGUCCCUGUGAUUUUUGUGGUCAACAACCAGGAGGAGCUUGAAAGGCUGAACACUCAAAAUGCCAUUGCCUUCCGCAGAGACCAGAGAUCUUUGUACUUCAAGGACAGCCUUGGCUGGCUCCCCAUCCAGCUGACCCCUCUCUACCCUGUGGAUUACACCAUAGACCAGCGUGGAACCUGUGGGGAUGGGGUCCUGCAGCCUGGAGAGGAGUGUGACGAUGGCAACCAAGACGUGGGUGACGACUGCAUCAGCUGUCACCGGGCCUACUGUGGAGAUGGUUACCGGCACGAGGGCGUGGAGGACUGUGAUGGCUCUGACUUUGGCUACUUGACGUGCGAGACCUAUCUCCCUGGGUCAUACGGAGACCUGCGGUGUACCCAGUACUGCUACAUUGACUCCACACCCUGCCGCUACUUCACGUGAGGGCCAUAAGGAGCAGGUGGGCUGCAGCCCACAUGACUGGCAGCAGCUCCUCCACCUUCACCAAGCUGGCCUUGUACUCUCCUGGGCCAGUGUCCAUCAAUCUUAGUGUGACAAAACAGUGAUGAAUUCUUGCUGCUAAGACAUGUUUUUGACUGGAAGAAUUUAGGACCACUGCAUCCUGUCUUAAUCCAAAGUACCGGAAACCUUCCAUAUGCCCACCCUGAGACCUGUUCCCCAUCUCUACCAUCCGGCCAACAGCUGGCUCUGAUGCCCUCUCUCUUCUGGAAUAUCCUUGGCCCAGGCCAUGGACUUGGCUUAGCACUGUUAGAAAACACAGAAACUGGAGGCAACUAUUGUAGUUUGUUCUGAUCUCAUUUUGGGAGCCUGGUGUUCAGGCUUCUCUGCUGCUCCUCGGACCUCCAUACCUUCAUUCUUGCCCAGAGCAGCCAGCUAUCAGGUCUCUCAUUUCCUGAGAGCCACACAGCAGGAAAGUGAGCUUGCUCUCUCUUGGUGUGGCUCACAGGUUUGGACCUGCUGAGAGACACUUCAGCUGACCAGAGACCAGACCAGCCUCGUGUGGUUGUGGCUCCCCAGGAAGAGACCCAACUGUGAAAAAGUGCUGAGAAAGCCACAAGACCCAUGCUUACCCCUGAGCAGGGGGCGGAGGCUUGGGUGAGUUGCUUGCCGUGUGAGCAGUAGCACAACGGCAGCCUUCAUCUUCUUGAUGGCUCCCAAAGGGAGGACUCUUGUAGUUUCAAAUCCCUGGUACCAUCAUGACCUUGUGGAUCUCUCUGAACUUUGACUCGUCUUGCACGUGCCCUUCGUGACUAUUUCCUGUUCAGGAGACUUGUUCCACAGCCUAUACCUGGGGAGGUAUUGAUGUUUCAUUGUCCUUAAGUAGAAUCUUGGCUUUCCUGGUCUAGGGCCCACUGCUGAGUUCAGCCUGGGCAGAGACUGUUUCUAUCCUGGACUCCAUCUCCUUGCUUCCUGCUGACUUUGGGAGUGCUCUGUGACCCCAUUUUGUGACUGCAUCUUGUGCUCAUGUAUGUGUGCCAGAGCUCUUCCUUUUCUAUAGGCUCAUAAUCCCGCAUGUCUUAGAGCUGCCUUUUGUCACCAUCUUGCCUGAGUGGGGCAUGGCUUCAUUUAGGAAAGACAUCUCUAGGGUUUUCCCCUUGUUACCAGAUGGAAGGACGCCC